CACAAAUGAUUGAUUAUCAAAUCAAAGAGGUCAUUGCUGCAACUUCCGGGUUAUCUGACGGUGAUGUGGCAAUUGUAUGUACAAUAUGUGCAGUCGUGGGAAUUAUCAUCGUAACUAUCAUAACUGGUGUGAUUUGUAUAAAAAUACGACGAUCCAGCAGAAGCAGCAAUGACACUGACGACAACUACCAAGACAUCGAUUUAUCAGUCCAGGAAGAAGAAAUUAAACAAAACGAAUAUGCAGAAUUACAGCCACGAGAACCCGAAGCUCAAUAUGCUAGCUUGGCUGAAGUGUAUCUUUAUUCUAAUGAGUCUAUUUAGUUCGCCAUUUUAACAUGCUUUAGAUGUUUUGAAAACUAUCUGAUACUCAAUCACAUUAUGACACCUCACGCAAGCCAUCUAAGAAACACGUCAAUUAUUGCAUCAAUUGUCCAAUAUAAAGUUAUGACAGAAAUGUAAUUACAGAGCCGAAGUGAAGAGUAUGAGCUUAUAUUAAAGGGGAGCAGAGGUAUAGCCUUUGACACUCUGUACAUGACAUUUGAGAUCUAUGAAUAAAUUCUGUCGAUAA